AUGUCCAACAGCCGUCGCAACUGUAGCGGGAAACAACCAGUCCGCGCCGUUACUUAUGAGGAUGGUGAACAUGAAGAAGUUGUCGAUGGUAUUGAAACUCGAGCAGAUAACACCCCCAAUUCUGAUCAACAGAUGGGAAGACAGAUGAAACUCGAAGAGAAGAAGCUUUUCGUGCAGCAAUACCUGGACGAAAAGUACUCAUUGCUUGAAUCGCUGAAUGACGUUAGCGGUUCAAACUCAGGUUCUGAAAAGGAAUUCUUAUCAGUAACCGGUAAUAUAUCGGAAAUUGAGCAGUGGCUAGCAGACACUAACCGCUGCGGAGUAGAAAACACUGGUCUCGAAGUGGAAGAGAUAAGUAACGAACCUUCCAUUGAUGAAUCAAUCCGGAUCCGUGACGUCCAACAAGCUGCAACACCCUCACUUUUUCCACGAGUAAGACAGCUGCCUCGUGAUGCAGCAAAUUUGAUUCAGCAGAGGCCUCAACAUCGUUCGGCAAGGACAAGACCCUCAGGGCACCAUGGACCAGGUUCUAUGUCUCGUUCGUCGGUGAACCAUUGUACUGACGCACUUGGGCGACAGUCGAUCGCAUUACGAGAGGGCUCAGCGCGAGGUGGUUAUAGACCAAUAGUAAAUGACCCUUUCGUUCCUGGUGAACGAUCCACACCAGCGCGACAGCGUUUCCAUCAACCACAACGUCAAGAAAAUCGAAGUGAUGAAGCAAUACAUAUGCUAAAUCAGAGUCAGAUAGCAGCACGCCAGGCUGUUUCAAAAGAGCUGCCAGAAUUCUACGGUGAUCCGGAAGAUUGGCCGCUCUUUUUUUCGUUGUUCAAUUCAUCGACUUCUAUGUGUGGAUUUUCCAACGAGGAAAACAUGUUGAGAUUGAGAAAGUGCUUGAAAGGAAAAGCUUUAGACGCAGUAAAAUGUCGAUUACUUCACCCGUCAAACGUUUCGGGAGUGCUUGCAACUCUGAAGAUGUUAUAUGGUCGACCAGAAAUGAUCAUCCAAGCAACGAUCAAAAAAGUUAGAUCGUUACCGACCCCAACAAUAGAGAAGUUGGACACAUUGGUAGGAUUCGCUCUUGCCGUUGAAAAUUUAGUUGCAACCGUUCAAGCAUGCGAGGUCAACGAUUUUAUAUACAACGCGUCUCUGAAGUACGAGUUGGUAGAAAGGCUACCACCUGCACUGAAGCUUGAUUGGGCGAAAUACACCAGGAACAACGUUUUUCCGAACUUAUUAGACUUUAGUGAAUGGUUGCGUUCCAUGGCUGAAGACGCAACUGCAGUAUCUACGUCGUUGGCUAGCGAAUACCGUCCACGCAGUGGGAAAAAGAACAGUUUUCUGAACAUUCACUCGGGAUAUGAGGACAAUCAUCUUCCACAGGUCUCACAGGAGAAUCAACGGUAUUCUGUUGAGUAUAAUAACAUCAGAGAAUGCAUCGUAUGCAAAGGUAAAUGUCUCUCAAUUGCAAAGUACAAACGAUUCUUGGAGUUCGACUUCGAGUCUAGGUGGGCUAUUGUAAAAGAGCGCAAAAUGUGUAGAAAAUGUCUUCGAAAGCACAAUGGAUCAUGUAGACUGAAGAAUACAUGCGGAAUCAAUGGAUGUUCAUAUUUUCAUCAUCCACUUCUUUACAACGGAGUUAAUGAUCGAGUUCCUAUUCCAAAUGAUCACAGUAGCGGAACCAGUUGUAAUAUUCAUCAAAGCCAAUCCGAGAUACUUUUCCGUGUUGUUCCCGUAACCCUGUAUAGUCCAACGAAAGCCAUUCACACAUAUGCAUUUAUCGAUGAUGGAUCAGAAUUGACAUUGAUUGAGCAGAGCCUCGCAGAAGAAUUAGGUGUAGAGGGACCCCAGCAGUCUUUAUGUCUGAGAUGGACAGGAGGGACAAAAAGAACAGAGACGUCCAGGAUAGUUGACUUGAAAAUCUCUGGAUCAAACAACCCAAACAAGAAAUACAACCUUUCUGGAAUACAUACAAUCAGAGAUCUUCAACUUCGUUCGCAAACCCUUAUUGUUCCUGAGAUCGAAAAGAAGUAUCCUCAUCUUUCCGGACUCCCAUUGCAAUCAUAUCAGGAUGUAUGUCCUCGAAUACUGAUUGGUUUAGAUUAUGCUACGUUAGGUAAUGCCAUGAAAAGUCGAGAAGGGAAUCCAUUCGAACCAAUCGCCAUCAAGACACGAUUAGGAUGGGUAGUCUAUGGAAAUUGUUCCAAUAGGUUGAACGCGGAUCAUUACAUCAACUAUCAUAGUCUACAAGUAUGUAGAUGCAAUGUUUCCGGUGAAGCUGAUCUUCAUCAGAUGAUGAAGCAGUAUUUUCACAUCGAUAGUCUUGGAAUAUCUCAACCUGAAAAGAUGUUGCUAUCCAGAGACGAGGAGCAAGCGCAAAACAAGUUGGCAACCUUAACUGUACCAAUUAAUGGUCGUUUUAGAUGCGGGUUGCUUUGGCGGUAUGAAAACGCGAGACUUCCAGAGAGCAGGUCAAUGGCCUUGAAAAGAUGGGAGUGUCUGGAACGGCGGAUGAGAAAAGAUUGCAGCUUUGCAGGAAUGUUGCGACAAAAAAUGGCUGACUAUGUAGCCAAGGGAUACGUUCGUAAACUAACGAAAGAGGAGCUACAGCAACCACAUAAACGAGUUUGGUAUCUUCCCGUUUUUCCCGUGCGAAAUCCAAACAAACCAAGCAAACUGCGAUUGGUUUGGGAUGCUGCAGCUACUUCUCACGGAGUCUCACUCAACGAUUUGCUGCUGAAAGGGCCAGACCAAUUAGCAUCACUUCUUUCUAUAUUGAUCCAUUUUCGUGAGUUCAAGGUGGCAGUCUGCGGUGACAUCCGCGAGAUGUACUUACAAGUACUUGUCAUGGAAGGUGACCAGCAAUGUUUAAGGUUCCUUUGGAAAGACCUGGAUGAGGAUGAAGAAGUCAGCGUGUAUAUCCUUCUUGUUAGGCCGUUCGGAGUUUGCUGUUCCCCAAGCAUAGCCCAAUAUGUAAAAAACACAAAUGCGAAACGUUUCGAGCAAGAUUAUCCUAAUGCAGUUCAUGCUAUCAUCAACAAGCAUUAUGUUGAUGAUAUGCUUGUAAGCGUGGAAACUGAGGAAGAAGCCAUUAUAUUGGCCAAAAAUGUCAAAAGAAUUCACAAAGCCGGUGGCUUUGAAAUGCGCAACUGGCUAUCGAAUUCGCCGAAGGUUGUAACAGCGCUCCACGAAACCGAUACUACAGAAAAAAAUCUCAGUAUUGGGAACGAAGUGACCACAGAAAAGGUCUUGGGCAUGUGGUGGGAUACAGCCAAGGACUGUUUCACAUAUAAGUUGUCAUCUCGUUUUGACACAAGUCUGUUGUCUGGCUCAAAACGUCCCACAAAGCGUGAGGUCCUUCGUCUACUCAUGAUGAUUUUCGAUCCGAUUGGGCUUAUUUCACAUUUUUUAAUGUAUCUCAAAGUCUUAUUACAAGAUAUAUGGAGGUCUUCAAUAGGAUGGGACGAUGAAAUCUUGGAACCAGAAUACUUAAAAUGGUCGGAGUGGCUUGAAGUUCUUCCUAAUGUGACAACUCUGCGAAUUCCUCGCUGCUAUCGCAUGUCAAUAUCAAUUGACGAAAAUAAUGAAGUCCAGCUGCACACAUUCGUUGAUGCCAGUGAAAAUGGAUUCGCCGCAGUAGUCUACCUCAGAUUCCAUGAAGGCAGCACAAUCGAAUGCGCCUUAGUAGGAGCAAAAACACGUGUCGCACCAUUGCGAUUCCUGUCGAUACCACGAUCUGAACUGCAAGCUGCUGUUAUAGGCACAAGACUAGCGCAUAACGUCAUGCAAGCACUAUCCAUGAAGACUAUGAAGAGAUUUUUUUGGUGUGAUUCUAAAGACGUCUUGUGGUGGCUAAAUUCAGAUCACCGUCGCUACAGUCAGUUCGUGGCUGUUCGAGUAAGCGAAAUUCUGGAGCUCACUAAUGUAGACGAAUGGCAAUAUGUCCCAUCCAAACUUAAUGUAGCGGACGAUGGAACCAAAUGGAAACGAAAACCUGAAUUGAAUGCAUCCAGCCGUUGGUUUCACGGUCCUGAGUUUUUGUGGAAUACUGAAGAGAAGUGGCCGUCGAGUUCACCACCUGCACGAACGAGCGACGAAGAAUUGCGACCUCAAUUUCUUCUGCAUUUCAUCCAAACCAAUCCUGUUAUUGAGAUGCAGAAUUUUUCACGUUGGAAACCUCUAUUACACAGAAUGGCAUACGUAUUUCGCGCUAUCGAUAACUUCCGAAAUGGUGUUUCGAAACAAACAUGUUCACGAGGCCCACUAACACAAAACGAGAUGAUCAAAGCCGAAAGUUAUUUGUAUCGUGUAGCGCAAAAUAGCAAAUUUUCCGACGAGAUUGCAAUCCUGGCGUCGAACAAUGUUCCUGAUAAACCGAAGCAACAAAUCCGUAAGAGCAGCCCCUUAUUCCAUCUCUGUCCGUAUCUCGAUAGCAAUGGGCUAUUACGAGUUAGAGGGCGAACAAAAGCUUGCGAGUUCAUCGAUUUUCAUACAGCCAAUCCAAUCAUCCUUCCUCGCGAUCACUAUCUGACCAAGCUAGUAGUUGCGAGCAUUCAUGAGGAAUAUAAACAUCAAAAUCAUGAAACGACGAUGAAUGAGAUCCGACAGCGCUUUUACAUUUCCCGUUUAAAAUCGGUGUACCGAUCGAUGCGAAAUGAUUGUCAGCGUUGCAAAAUUGAUCGAGCUUCCCCUCAACCCCCACUGAUGAGUGAUUUGCCGGUAGCAAGACUUGCUGCAUUUAGUCGUCCGUUUACACAUAUGGGUGUGGACUAUUUCGGUCCAAUGCUGGUGUUAGUUGGACGGCGAACCGAAAAACGUUGGGGAGUACUGGCAACGUGCCUUACAACCCGCGCCAUCCAUUUGGAAGUUGCCUGUUCGCUGACGACCGACUCGUGCAUUCUAUCUAUCCGCAACAUCAUGGCUCGCAGAGGAACUCCAUCGGCUAUUUAUAGUGAUAGAGGAACAAAUUUUCAAGGAGCCAGCAAAGACCUGAAAGAAGCGAUGAAGAAACUGGACCAAGAUAAGUUGACGGCCGAAUUCACCACUCCAAGAACCCAAUGGAGAUUCAUCACCCCAGCCUCUCCUCAUAUGGGAGGAGCCUGGGAAAGGCUAGUGAGAACAGUCAAACAGAACUUAAUGAAGUUGAAGACUAACAGAUGA